GGGGGCCCUGACCUCAUAUGCUCCCUGAAACUGCGCUCUUUUCAUUCUUUGUAUGGGGCUAAGGUGGGGGGCAUAGCUAGACUUGGAGGAGUCCAUUCCCAGGGCUUCUGUGGGGCUGAGGAGGCAUAUCUCCUCCAGAGCAGCUGUGGGGCUUGCCAUCCCCCUCCAGAAACAGGACAGCCAUUCUGCACAACCCUGUAGUGGCAUCCCUUCUGCGGAAGCAUGUGAUGCUGGCGUUCUCCAGGUGAUGUCUGGGUUGUUCCUGGGAACUGGGAGGUGGCCGUCCCUGUGGGUUCCUUUCCUGUCAGGUUGUGGGGUGUGUUAUUCCCUAAGGGGUUAUUUGACACGUGCGCGGCAGUUCGAGGCUGCUGUGGGGUGUUGUUCUGUGGAGCCGAGAAAGCCUUGCCAGGUGCGUUUGGAAAUAAUGUGGCAUCCCUUAGGGGAGAUUCCAACAGCGUCGUUGUGGUGGAUAUAUAUAUUAAUGUCCGUCCCGAAAGGGCUGUGGGGGAAAGGCCAGGUCUCCAAGGCACUGCCCCAGUUUCUAAUUCAGUUGUUGCUGUUUUGUUUGGCUGGCCUCACAAGGUUGCAAUGCCCAGUCUCUCUGCUAGUCUGUAUUGAGCUGGGAUAUGCCAAAUAGCAUGGGCACCACUGAGUGGCUGCGUGGAUCCCAUCUCCCCCCCCUCCCGGAUCUGGGAUGGGUCUUCCUCUGUGCUGAGCACAGGCCCACAUAUCUGUGGAUGUGCUUGCACUUUUAGCUGUUUCCAGCUCCUCUUUUAAAUGCGAACCACCCAGCCUCCCGUCUUUCAAAAGUUGACAGGAGGAGAAACAGGAGGGCGAGUUCCCUGGCUUGUUUAAAGGCAGAGAUCAGACAAGAUUAUGAGAGCGUCUUUUAUAUGUCUGGAGAGGAAGUUGCAGCGAUUCUCAGCGACUCCCCUCCUUUGCAAAAUAGCCUUUGAUUAUAGAGUGAGCCAGCAAAGCACAGGAAAUUCCUAACGCUGAGUAGGAGAGAGUCUGAAAGCACAGUGCUUAGGUUGUGGCGAGUAGCGGGCGGGCAGAAGUGGGGGGGGGAGUAAGCACCAGAAAGCAGAGAUUGCCAAAGUGGUGCUCUCCAGAUGUUUGCAUGGUUAAACGCCAAGGGUGGCAGGGAAUCCACAUCUGCAGGGCUCAGCCAGCGUUGGAAAUUUACCCCCGGGUGUUUGCAGAGCAGCUGGUUUUGAUAGCUUGAGGAGCCAAUGCAGUUCUCUGGCCCCCUGAUGCUGGGCCUCCACCACUCCCUUUUGCAAAUAUCACAGGAGAUGCCAAAGAUUUCCUGUGUGCAUGUGUGUGUAUUUCUAAAGAAACUUUGGCAAUGCAUUUCGAUUGCAUAUUGCUUCUCUCCUCCGGCCUUCCCCUUUUCAUCUGUAGUUCCUGAUCGCGCCUGCAACGUGCUUAGCAACACGGAAAGCUGGCUUAGUGGCUCUGCUUGCUUGCAGGACUCCUUCGAAAUGCAGUGUUUGCUUCCCCUGCUGUCUUCUUAUCCUUGUUUUGAGUGUCUGCGAUUCCCACAGACUCCCCCUUUUUGCUAAGUUGCCUGUGUGCCUCUGCACUUCUGCAAGUUCUCUUCUCCUCUCUUGAAGUACAGUAGGUGUACAUUGCUGGAAAUAUCCAGCUUUUUAAGAAAUAACGUCAUUCUAACAACAACAAAACAGGCUUGUGGUUUUCUCUGGGGGAGCUGUGCAAAAACGCUCAGUGUUACAGCCUGAGACCUCUCUUCCUUUUCCUCUUUGAUGACAGCUGUCUUCUCUGCAUGUAGCCACACGGUGUUAAUUUGAGACUAGAUGUUUUGGUGAAAUUAAACAUUAAUACAUAGUACGUGGAGUAGAUGUGUAGCUGUUUUAACAGAGCGGUGAGUUAAUUUUCAAACACCAGUCAGACUCUGGGGCGGUUUUUUGUUUUUAUAACGGUUUGUGUGAAUCGUUGGUUGUUUUUGUGGUAGACUUCUGUGGAACUGAGAGGUUCUGGAGAGCUGGUGUGGCAUAGGGGCUAAGAGGCUGAGCUGAUGCUUCUCUCCUCUCUGCCGUGAACUUACUUGGUGGUCUUAAGAGAGCCGUGCUCUCUCUGCCUCAGUCUCCCCCAUCUGGAAAAUGGGAGACAAUAUUUUUGUACAGUACACUGCUCUGUGACUCAAAGGUGGAAGGUGGUUUACAAAUAGUCAUAUAAAUAAAUAAUGCUAGCUUACCUGACAGGGAUGGUGAAGCAUCACAACUAGAUGAUGCAUGUGAAAUCCAUUGAACACCUUGAACACACUCUACAGAUGUUAGACAUUAUCACGAACAUGGUUGUUCUGAUCUAAAGGAAACUUGGAUUGUUGAAAAAGGUAAGGCUGUAGAGAAGCAAAGAGUUCCACGUGCUUGGCUCUACAAAUGGAUUUAAACAGAGCUAUUUGCUUAAUAUUUGCAUUGGGAACCAGAAGACCACAUCAGUGCAGCAAAAUACUGGAAUGUCUCAAGACAAAUUGGGAGGAACAGCUUGCAUUUUAAGUUCUGCCAGAUUAGAGAGUCCGGAUAUCGUUGGUUAGAGUGUGGUGCUGAUAAUGCCAAGGUUGCAGGUUCGAUCCCCGCAUGGGACAGCUGCUUAUUCCUGCUUUGCAAGGGGGGUUAGACUAGAUGGCCCUCAGGGUCCCUUCCAGUUCUACGAUUCACUCUGACCCUUGGCAUAGAAGAACCGGGGUCGAAGAUCUAACAGCCUUUCACAUGGGGCUCAUCCUCCCACGACACAACAGAAUCAGGAGUGAGACCUUUCCUGUGUAAUUGGAACAUUAAUUGCUCUGUUGGGUUGCCUUUUCCACCUGCGGGCUUUGUAAGAACAUCCAAACGACUUUCUUUGCGCCAAUGUGCCGUCCACAUGGCAGGUGGCAAAGCAUGUGGUUUGGGGGAAUGCAGCAGUGAUUGUGUACAGAACUCCUGUCUGGAGUUGUGCAUGGCUUUUCACUGCAGGUACCACUUUGGUUAUUUGCCUAAGAUCCGGAAGCCCAGCCGCUGCUCAAGCGAUGCUUGAUGUCCAUAUCUGGCCUUGGAAAGGGAUAUUCUUCCAGGUCACAUUUGUGCAGCUCUGUCCCUACGGCAAUGGUUGCACGUCCAAUGUCUCUCCCGCUUGCAUUUAUUUCCCUGCCAGACACAGCAGCUGACAGGCUCUUUCCUGGGCCUCUUCUGCUCUUGGCACUCUGCAGUCUGCAUGACGAUGGCUAAUAAAUUAGGAAUGUUCGGUUGCGGGGAAUCCUCCCUCGGAGUUGAAGGCUACGAAAGCCGAGCUUGCCUUCCUUUUCAGCCGUCUGAUUACUGGACAUGUGUUUAAUUUCAGCUGCUAUAAUCUACACAAACAGAAGAUCACAUGGCAGAAGUGUUCCUGGACUGUGGGAGUGUGGGAGCAUUCUGUUCCAUUAAAAUACAUAUAUACUCCCUGCACAUAGAAAACUAAGUGUCAGGGAGAAGCGUUCUAGCCUAGCCUUCUGCCUGGCAUGCUGUGAAUGAGGAUAGGGGAGCCAUUCAGACAUACAGUAAAUACAUUUCCCCCUGACCUGCAGCCUGCAGUGUAAAGAUGGGUUAGAUUCCAGGUCGUUGGAGGUCCAGGGCUGAUUAGAAAUGGCUCUAGCUUGGGUGCUUUUAGAGCAGGCAUGUCAAACUUGCGGCCCUCCAGAUGUUUUGGCCUACAACUCCCAUGAUCCCUAGCUAGCAGGACCAGUGGUUGGGGAAGAUGGGAAUUGUAGUCCAAAACAUCUGGAGGGCCGCAAGUUUGACAUGCCUGUUUUAGAGGGUAUAUGGAAAUGACUCUGUUCUGCUGCAGCCUUUGGUUCAUGAAUUCAAAGGGCUACAACUAUUCCCUCCCAACCAGCGUUCGAAAUUCACCAGGAGCCAGGCGCAUUUUGCACCUGACUAUCGCCCACUUGUGACCAAGUGAAGAUUCCUGGUCCACCAUCUGGAGGCGCAUGCCUGGGGAUCCUUGGAUCUUGACCGUUUUCAUGCACUAGCAACACACCCUGUAGAAUUCUGUCUGUGAUGUUUUAUCUGCACAAUCAGAAUGGAUUUCAGGAACCAAAAGAUCAUAUUGAAAAGUACAACUUCUGAGCCUCCUGGUUGAAGAAUGGCAAGUGGACAUUCCGUUUUGGUGACUGUAACCCUGGUUUAAGGAGCCAUUGAGCACCUAGCUUAUAUAUCUGAGUUUCUAACACUAUGCCCUCAAUGCACACACUUUGCAUUACUAUGCUUUGUACUAGCGUCUAGAUCUAGAAGAAAUAGGUAGCCUCCAUUCUGUCCCCUAAGGAGUGGUGGGGAGGGGAGCCGGUGUUCUUCCAGAAGUUGCUGGAUUGUAGCUCCCAUCAGCAUGGUUGGUGAUAAGGGAUAAUGGGAGCUGUAGCGCAACAACAUCUGGAACACUGCAUGUCCCCCACCCACGGUCCUAAAGGAUGCAACACAGUGUCUUGGCCCUUUGGACCUUCAGGGAGCCAUGGGAAAUUCCACUCAUCCCUUUCAUGGACCACGCCAUUGCUGCUUUAGGCUUAAUGUGAAUACCAUCACGACUUGCUCUUUUUCUGCGACAUGACUGAAGCAAACAAAGGCUUCCCUGCCGUUGUACAAGUGAUUCCUUGACAACUUGCAUCACCGGUUCAAACGUGUAUUAAAGAUUAACUAAGGCUGCAAGCAUCCUUGCACAACUGAAAGCAAAGUUCUAAAACGUGCUCCGAGACCUUGUUUUGGAAUGCAAGAGGUGUUCGGUGUCUCGUUUCCUUUGUGUAUACAAGAAUUUGCUACCCCUUUGCUGUGAGUGAUAUAUAUAUUGCGUAUUCGGACGCCGACUCAGCUCUGUGAAAACCCCAACACACCUGGGUUAUGGAAAUCUUAGACUGUGCACCUUAGCCCACGAACGUGGUAAUUUUCAUUGGCCUCUGUGUGGCUUGCUUCCAAGGAAAUGUGCUGGGGAAGAACUGUAACUCAGUACUAGGAAGCAUGCAGAAAUUCCAGUGUUCAAUCUCACGCGAAACCCUAGAGCUGCUGGCUGUUAGUGAAGACAAAACUAAGUUGGAUGGCUGCAGUGGUCUGAUUCUUCAUAAGGCAUCAUCCUUUGCUGGAGUAGGCACAAACUCCACUGGCCAUGUCUCCUAGCGCUGCUUUAACAAUCUCAAAAGUGCCAAAGAAAUUUCUUCUUUCUAGUAUUGCAGUGGAAUUGGCACACAUGCCAGCAUGCAAGUAACCAUAGGUGUUUUUUAAAAGCAAAUAUGGCAUGGGCAACUCGCCAUAACGGAUAUGGUGCCACGGAGAUUUCUACAGUGGUACCUUGGUUUACAGACUUAAUCCAUUCCAGAAGUCUGUUCUUAAACCAAAGCGUUCUUAAACCAAGGCGUGCUUUCCCAUAGCAGCAGGGGACUCAAUUUACACUCAACUUGUUCUGCUUCCAAGGCAAAGUUCACAAACCAAUACACCUACUUCCGGGUUUGCAGCGUUCUUAAUCCAAGUUGUUCAUAAACCAAGCUGUUCUUAAACCAAGGUACCACUGUACUUAAAUAAAGCACAAUUUUCCAUUGUUGUCCUCCUCUCGGAAGCAAUUGCACUUGCUGUUUGUCAUCGCAUCUUGAGAACUGGUCCUCUCACCUGGCAUUGGGCACAUACAAAGGUGCGUUCCAUCAAGUCAAUGACUCUGCAGGAUUUCAGAAAGUGGUCUCUCUCCCAGCCCUUACCCAGAGACGACGGGGAUUGAACCUGAGACCUUCGGCUUGCAAGGCAGGAGGUCUUCCACUGAGCUACGGCCCUUCCCAGGCAAUCCUGGACUAGACAGAUCACUCAUUUGAUUCCCUAUAUGGCAGCUUCCCCCAUGUGCAUUAUUAAUUUUAUUUUUGUGCAAAAUGCACCUGCUGCUUAACCGACAAAAUAUCUCCAAGCAGUUUGCAUAAAAUGCUGUGAAACAGAUAUUUAAAACAGCGGAGCAGGUGGACUUUAAAAACAAAUAAAAUUGUAAAAAUAAAAUUUCAAAAUGAAGAUAAAAUGAUUAGAUUUUUUUUAAAAAAAUGUCCAUAAAUAAUAUUUAAGUUGCUUAAACAACAACAGUAAAAAGCUUUUGGCAGGCAUCGAACAGAACAGAGAAGGCAUCUGCCUAAUAUUAAUAUAUUGAUACUAAUAAGGUAAUAUAAUUGUAAACAUGAUGGGAGAGGGAAAAGGAGCAGAUGGUUCCCUGGUUUUUACUUCCUUUUGCCAAACCUGUUCUGGCAGGAAAGUUGACACGUGGCCAUUGUGUGUUGAUUUAUCUGCAGUGCUUUCUUAAAAAGCUCCUCCACGUGGCUUCUGUAACUCUUUCAAGUACUGGUCCGUUGAUCCAUCACUUCCAUCCAUUCCCUUGUAUCUCAGAUUGCUUGCAGGACUUUGGGAUCAAUUCCGGAACUGGCGCUUAGAUGGCUUCUUUUGCUGCUUCCUCUCCUCGCUCACGCAGUCACAACCCUUAUGAAGAGACGUCAUAAUACAUGUCUGAUUUUACACCAGCAAAGGUCACGCUUUGGUUUAGUGGCGGGGUGAAGUUGCCUGAGGUUUGCCUCGCAUUUGACACCUUGCUCUGUCCACAUUCUUUGUGUGUUUUGGAUUAUGUUGGUGGCUCGGGCGCAAAUCAGCAGAUCGGGUUAACAUUUGCUGUGCGCUGAUGUAACACCAGGCAGCGAAGUCACAGGUGGGCCAGUGCCCCAUCUAAUCCAGCGCCCUGUUCUCGCAGUGGCCAGCUUGUAGGGAACCAGCAAGCACGACCUCAGCCCUCUCCCAUCCUACAAUCUCCCAGUGUCUGAUAGCUAGAUAGGUUUCUUGUACAGUGAUACCUUGGUUCUCAAACUUAAUCCGUUCCAGAAGUCCGUUCCAAAACCAAGGCGCGCCUUCCCAUAGCAAGUAAUGCAAAAUGGAUUAAUCCGUUCCAGACUUUUAAAAACAGCCAUUAUUAACAUGAAUUUUACUCUCUAACAAGACCAUUGAUCCAUAAGAUGAAAGCAAUAAACAAUGUACUGCAGUCACACAAUCAAUCCGUUGGUAGCUGAACUGGGUUCCACACAGUCACAGUCACACACAAAAAACCCCAAAAAGAGCUGCAAAAAUGAAAACGCAAAAUAAAUAGCAAAACCAGACAGACCUCAGUGUAACACUCAAAACGGAGCACAUUCGGCUUCUGGAAAAAGUUUGCAAACCAGAACACUUAUUUCCGGGUUUGCAGUGUUUGGGUUCCAAGUUGUUUGAGUACCAAGGUACCACUGUAUUACCGGUAUUAGACGUUGGUGACUGGCAGCUGUUAGCCGUCACAAAGACCCCGUCUGCUUGUGCGCAGACUGGAGGGAAAGUUUGUGAGCAUUGGCAACAAACUAUUGUCUCGCAGCUUAAGGGUGGGGCCUUUCAGAUCAUUCAGACUUUGGCUCCCACCGUCUUGACCACUGGCCAUGCUGGGUGUGGCCGAUGGGAGUUUGGAGACCAACAAUGUUUAAGGGUGUUAUGGGAAUCUUUAUUGUUUUUCCUGUAGCGGAGUAACAUGGCUGCCCAUGUGGAAAUUAGGGUCUUCGAUGGAAGGAGGUGGAAGUUUCCUGUUGCGUUUGUGCAAAUGGUCGCCUUAGUAGGUAAGCACUGUACUGUAUGUUUACCUGCUUUUGACUUCUCAGCUUGUUGUUAACAUCCGUCUGUCUCGGGAGACAAUGCAGGAGUGCGUCUUUGGGGGUGAAGUCUUUUAUGUAUAUAUAAAACAAUUUAUUGUUUCCCCAAAAACAACAAUGUAAAAAAGGGGGAAACCAUAACCAAAUUAAACCAUAAAUUUUGCUCGACUUCCCUCCACUCCCCCUCUUGGUUCCAUUAUAAUAUACUUGUUUAUACACAUCCAUAAAACCUUAUAUACUUAACAAUCCAAUUUUAAAACCUUCUUCAUCUUGGCUGGUCUUGGCCUGGAAUUCAGUCUCGUAUAUCGGAACAAAGUCUUUCGUUCAAACAGUCCAUCAAGUCCUGUACAUCUCAAUAUCAUAACUUCAAUUUUUUUAACAACAAUCAUUUCCCACAAUUUCUUAAAAUCUUUAUAUGUUUUUACCUUUGGGGGUGAAGUCAAACGGUUGGAACUUGCAGAGCCUGCUGUGGCUGCAGAGAGGCAUGUUUCGUUGCAGCUGGGGCAGAAGAAGGCGUCCGGUUAUGCUGCUGCAGAUACACCGUGACGUUUCUUCUCUCUAUGCUCCUCCAAGUGCUCGUUCCUUCUCUGGUCACUGCUGUGGAUGCCUGACCUGACUAUCUGCCUCCUGGCACUGCGGUCAUUUGCAAUGGGUUGAUGUUGCCAGACUUCACAUCCCGUUUGUAGACAUCUUUGUAACGCAGAGCUGGUGCCUGAAGCCAGCUCCCCAUAUCCUUGGGAAUCCUGACAUCUUCCAUUCUGUGUGCAUGACCAAGCCAGCAUAGAUGUUGCUGAGAUGGGAAUGCGGACGUCCAGGGAAUGCGGGUUUGGAAGAGCAUGGCUUAGUUUGAGACUGUCCUGCCAUGUGCAAGUUGGAAAUAAACAGUCAAACCUCGGUUCCCAAAUGCCUCCGUUUUGAAACAUUUCGGCUCCCGAAAACCUGGAAGCAAGUGUUCCUGUUUUUGAACGUUUUUCAGAAGCCGAACAUCCAACGCAGCUUCCAUUUGAGGGCAGGAAGCUCCUGCAGCCAGUUGGAAGCCGCGUCUCAGUUGUCGAACCUUUCGGAAGCCGAAUGGGCUUCCGGAACGGAUUAUGUUUGACAACCGCGGUUUGACUGCAUCCUGAAAACACCAUUUCUCUCCAGUAUUCUUUUCUCAGUGGGAAAUGGACUCAGCUUACGUACAAAGCUGUAUUUGCAACUUCCUCAUGAUCGGAGGAGUGUGAAGUGCAGGGAUCAAAAGCAGCCUCAUUGCCAGUCCUUUCGAAUGGAAGUCCUUUUGCUGGAGGACUUUCCAGGUGUGCUUCCAGCUGCUCCUUGUCCUCAGCAUCUGCGGAUCCCAUGUGAAAGGUACAUAUUGGAAGGGAAGUGGCGCAUUGAUUCACGCAGUCCAUUGAUCUGCUUCCCACUCUUGGCAAAGUAUUGACAGCAGUAAAUGGAACUCGUAUCCGGUUGGAGGGUAUAUUAAAAGUAGGUACAUGAUAAAAUUCACACAAAUGAACCAGCUUGGCUUUAUCUCUCUUCUUUGUUGACAAAAAGAUUCUGCAGCAGGUGCUGUUGUUAUAAAAGCCAUACUGUCAUAUAUAAAAGUUAACCCUUUCUCUUCAGCGACGCAGAGGAAGGAGAGCGCACUUUAUAGAAAAUCAGCUGCUUGGCAGAAUGUGCACAGAAAUCUUGAAAGAGAAGUUGGAAGGCAAUGUUGGCCUAAACCUCAGGGGAGAGGGUUUAGAAAUGUUAUUUUAUUGAGUUUUGAACAAUCUAAACGGUACAAUAAAGAGUAACAAUGGUAGCAAAGCAAUUGCAGCUCUCUUGCAAUUUGUUCCAUAAACUAAGAUGUACAUUGCGAAGACAGAAACAAGGAGUGGAAACGAAGAUGGUCUCAGAUUAGUUCAUCAAAUCUCCCUGCAUGUAAAAGCUGAAGGUUUGCUAGCUACAGAUGAAGCACUGAUAAAUAGAAACCAUGCAGUUAAAAACAUAUCAGGUUUAGCCUGGCCGUUGGCUAAUCUGAAAGGUUCAUUUUUCUAGUUACAUAAUGCCUUAAGGCAGUGGUUCUCAAACUUUUCAGUCUUGGCCUUUAGCCCUUGCCCACACUAUCAGAAUCAAAAUGUGCUUGCACCACAUCAAAGUUUUUGUUGAUAAGAAAUAUGUCAGAAAACCAAAAGAAGCAACUUCUAGCCGUGCUUGGUUUCUAACAUGGAACACAACUGCUUUGUGAUAUGAUCAUGGGGCAGCCCGGAAGGCAACCCUGUUUAGGGAAGUUUUUAAUGACUUGACGUUUUAAUGUAUUUUUAAUCUUUUGUUGGAAGCCACCCAGAGUGGUUGGGGAAACCCAGCCGGAUGGGCGGGGGUAUAAAUAAUAAAUUAUUAUUAUUAUUAAUUAUUAUGGUACAAAACAAUGCAGCUAAAAAAAGAACAUGACUUACUCCCAAAAUAUAAUUAUAAAUGAGCCUCUUACAUACGUACCUUAGGUAUGUAUAGAAAACACAGUGAGAGGUGUGAGCUUGCUUUUGCCAGGUAACCUCUGUAUUGGGUCUAAUUAGAUCAAUAAUUAGGACCCAGGUGGCGCUGUGGGUUAAAGCCUAGGGCUUGCUGAUCAGAAGGUCGGCGGUUCGAAUCCCUGUGACGGGGUGAGCUCCCGUUGCUUGGUCCCAGCUUCUGCCAACCUAGCAGUUCGAAAGCACGUCAAAAUGCAAGUAGAUAAAUAGGAACCGCUACAGCAGGAAGGUAAACGGCAUGUCCGUGCGCUGCUCUGGUUUGCCAGAAGCGGCUUUGUCAUGCUGGCCACAUGACCUGGAAGCUAUACGCCGGCUCCCUCGGCCAAUAAUGUGAGAUGAGCGCGCAACCCCAGAGUCGGUCACGACUGGACCUAAUGGUCAGGGGUCCCUUUACCUUUACCUUUACCUAGAUCAAUAUAGGUCAAAUUAGACUUAUGCUAGGUCUAAUUUGAGACAAACAAAAUCUGCUCAUUUCUGAUCUUUCAUGUUUGUCGGAAUUGAAAAUCCCUGUUCCCAACAAUAUUGUCCUUGGUAUCCUUUGAUGCUCUUGCUCUCAUUUUGAAAAGGUGCCUACCCAUAUAAUGCAAAUAAAUAAAUAAAAAUAUUUUGUUACUACACUGAAAUGUCUAAAUGUCUCUUUGAUUGACCUUGAAUCUUCCUGCCACGCUUGCCAUCCUCUCCUGCCCCACCAGUGUGGCGUGCCACACCCUUGGAGAACCACUGGAUUACAGCAAGGGGUAGAGAUCCUAUGGCCAUACAAAUGUUGUGGGACUGCAACUACCAUCACCCCUGCCCAAGGCUGAGGGGAGUUGGUAAUCCAACAACAACUAGAGCAGGGCCAAAUUUGGUUAUCCAGCUGUUUUUGGACUACAACUCCCACCAUCCCUAGCUAGCAGGACCAGUGUUCAGGGAUGAUGGGAACUGUAGUCCAAAACAGCUGGAGACCCAAGUUUGGGAAAUGCUGACCUAGAGAGUCACAGGUUCCCCACCCCUGUCUUAUAAAGAAUAGGCUCAAACUCUGGCCUCUUGUGACUCAGCUACGCAUGCAGAGAGUCCCGGGUUCAAAUCCCAGCAUCUCCAGGCAGGGCUGGGAGAGAUCCUGCUCCGAGCUAUACAGACCAUUGUUCUGGCUUUGUAUAAGGCGGAUUCCUAGGCUCCCAGCGCUGCUACCGGUAUGUCGGCUUGAGCUUCUGUGAUGUCAUGGAAUGUUCACCAAUAUCCCAGAUGAAAGGGAACAGCGCCAGCCACAGAAAUCUUAAAAGCAGACACAAAUGAAAUGGGCAAGACCUAGAGAUGGAAGAUGGGCCGGUGGCUGUAAAGUGAGGACAGUGGCAGAGGUGCUGGUGGUCGGGGAAUCAAGUAGGAAGAGGAUCGAGUAGAUGCUAAGGGACCCGGGGGGGGGGGAUUUCGCUGAAACAGGGCCUGGGAACAAGAAGGCAUCUCUGCGAUGUGAAGAGCAACAAAGAUGCUUCUGGGUGGGAGGCAGAGAUCUUUUGGACUGGAGAGCCCCAGGUUUAAAGAAGCACAGCAAAUUACGUUUCACAUACAGUGGUGCCUCACUAUACGAAUUUAAUUCGUUCCACGGGUCUUUUCUUAUAACGAAAAAUUCGUCUAGCGAAUCCCAUAGGAAUGCAUUGAAUUUUUUUUGAAUUUUUUUUGCCCAUAGCAACGCAUUAAUUGAAUUUCAAUGCAUUCCUAUGGGAAACCGCGAUUCGCUAGACGAAUUUUUCGUAAAACCUUUCGUUAAGCGGAAAUUUCGUUAAGCAGGGCAUUCGUUAAGCGAGGCACCACUGUAUUAAUAUAAUGUCCGUGAAAUCUUAUGCCACAAGAAACUGGUUAGUGUUUAAGAUGCAACAAGGCUCUCUUGUUUAUAUUAAUAACAGUUCUUCGAAGUGCUAGGCCAGGCCUUUGGCUGUGGGUCGCUGGUUAUCUAACAUGUGGGAGUUCAUCUCGGGACAAGGAAUCCAACAGAAUGGAUCUCUGCGCCUGGCCAGAAUCAGCUGAAAUAAAUCCAAGGAAAGCCCCCUAAGCUCCCUCAAACAGCGUUCAAGAGUCAGACUUGCACCAGUGCUCUCCGGGGGCUGAGAUAGGUGCCGUGGGUGGGGGUUAUGGCAGACAACUUCACUCAAAAGAGUUUGCAAAACUGUGUCUGAGUGAGUGAAAUCUUGAUGGAUCCAAUCUGGGAACCUGCCCCUCUAACCAGCUACGGUCCCUUUGGUUGCAAAGGCGAUGAGGGUGGGUAUCUUGGUUUCCAAUACCGUGAGCAAAUCCACCUCUAAUUAUCCCUGCGAGUAAACAUAAAAUAUAAACGAAGCAGGUGUGGUUGCUGCUUGGAACACACAGCUGGGAUCUGGGAUAGAUGACCGGUCUGUUUUUUGCCAGGUAAGUCAUGGACGCAAAUGGCCCAACUGCUGUGAAAUUGCCCGGCCUCUCUCUGCUAACAACAGAAGCAUCUCGGAGGGACCUCACCUUGUAGUUGGCGGCUUGGCGCACACCUUGGACACAAUGCAUGUUCAGACCUUGAGAUCUUGGGUAAAAAUCCCACUUUCUGAAACUUUGGGGUGCCCUUACCUGAGUAGAUGGGACUGGUUUGAUGGGCCAAAGUCUAAGCCAUUUCCCAGAAUGUCUAAUCCUCUUUUAAAGCCAUCUUGGUUGGUGAGCCUGGCUGCCUUCCGCAGGAGCAAGUCCCAUAGUUUGGCUGUAUGAAUAAGUCAUUUCUUUUCUUUGUACUAGAUCUUAAUGGGAUCUCCACCAGUUCUAGUGUUAUGAGAGGGGGGGGGAGUUUUUGGAGAGCCUCUGCACACUUUUGGGAGGAAGUGUUUUGGAGGAAGUCUUUUGCCUCUCCUGAAUCUUCAGCUUCAUUGGACGUCCAUGAGUUCCAGUUUUAUGGAAGAAGGGGAAGACCCUAUUCUCUAGCUGCCUUCUCCACAUAACUAGUGCACUGAAUUCUAUUUUCUGCUCUUAUGUACAUAAUAAGUUAUGCGGGUGAUAAAGACCGCAUUAUCUGUUGGCGAAGGUUUUAGAAACUGCCGCGCAUUUCAUUGAGGCCUAGUGUGUCAACAAACCCUUCUCCGGUUCCAAGAUUUCGCAGCUUGCUCUCCGACAUAAGUAAAUUCUGUUUUAUCUUGCCUCCCAUUCUUUCUACUCGAUGCCAUGAUAAUAAUAAUAAUAAUAAUAAUAAUAAUAAUAAUAAUAAUAAUAAUAAUAAAAACCAUUCAUUGUUCUAUUUAUGGCUGAGCCGUGCCUGUGCUUAUUGGCCAGCCUCCAAAGGAGUUUCUUCCAGGUGUGCCCAGUCGAAUUCUUGGCUCUAAAUUUCCCCCUUUCUGAAGCGGUAGACGCCCAACCCUUAUCACAAACCGCUUAUGGGACUCCCUCAAAUUUCAAAUGUCACUUGCCAUCUGGCACGGGCACCUCCUUUUCAAAGAACUGCAAUCCCGGCCUCCCUUGGAUGUGGUUCAUCAGAUCUAGUUCAUGGUACAGUCGUACCUUGGGUCCUCAACGCCCUGAACUCUGAUGUUUUGGCUCCCGCACACCGCAAACCCGGAAGUGAUUGUUCUGGUUUGCAAACCUUCUUUUGGAACCCGAAUGUCCAAUGGGGCUUCCUGCUGCAAUUUGGCUUUCGAACGUUUUGGAAAUCGAACAGACUUUUGGAACAGAUUCCGUUCGACUUCCAAGGUACGACUGUAUAGAGAAGCUCCCUUAGCUUCAGCCUUGUGGCCAACCUGGUGCUUUCUUGAUGUUUGGGACUGCAACUCUCAUUAGCCAUGGCAGGCACAGUUUUGUUGGCUUGGGCUGGUGAGAAUUGGAGUCCCAAAAUACCUGGAGGGCAGCAGGUCGCAUGAGGCUGAUCUACUGUUAUGGACUGGCUGGAUGCAGAAGAAUGGUGGUGGUGGGGACCCCCCCCCCAACAGAAAAAGGCUCAGAGCCCAGGGAUUGGUGGUGGGAUGACGAUGAGUGGUCAGAGGGAGAAGAGGGAGCAGACUGGGAAGAGAAGGUGUCAGAAGAGGCAACAGGGUUUAGUGAGCAGGCAGAGGCUGUGCCAGACAGCAGUCCAGAAAUAGCGACAGAAGCAGAGGCUGGAGAGGAGGCAGGGAGUCAAGAGGCAGAGAUGAGUCAGGCUGCUGAAGAUGAAGCCAGGGACUCUCCUCCUGCUGCUGCGACCAGCUUCCCUCCCCCUGGUGUCCCAGGACACAGAGAGGAAUGAAGAGGGCAGAGCAAAGAGAGACAAGACAUCAUCUUCUGAGCAGAUGAGAGGAGGCUUUAGCCUAGUUGCCACUGAGGUGGCCAGCCUGUGCUUGGGCUGUACCCACUCAGGCUGCAGUUAGGAGCUUGCAUGUUGGACUUCUCUGCCAUAUAAGCAAAAACAUUGCAUGCAGAAAAGUAGCACAUCAUGGAGAAAGAGCCCUGACAGGCACUCUUUCUAUGUGCAUGGAAUGUGUAUGAAGAUGCAACCAACUGUGUGAGCCUAUACUGCGCUUUUGAAUAGUACUACAUAGAAGGAGGUUAACAAACCUGAGGGAGAAGGAAAUAUGGGGAAGGGAACUGGCAGAGGCGAGGAAAUCUUGCAUCAGUUCGGAAACAGGCAACGUAAUCUUUGUCUGCUUGCCUCUAGUCAUGUAUCUUAAUGCUUAAAUGUGGAGUUGGAAACUGGGUCAGUCGUGUCUAAUGGUCAUUACGGCCUCUAAAAUAUCCGGCACAGCAGCUUCCUUUGUUAAAAAUAGGAUGGACUGUGGCUUAGCGGAAUGUACAUGUAGAAUGUGCAUUCCACGUUCUGCAGGUGACAUGUCCUGGGUUCAAUUCCUGGCAUCUCCUGCUACCUGAUCCUUCUGGCAGGCGAUGCCAAACACCUGUGUCCCAAGGCUGUGGGGAUCGGCUGACAGUCAGACUAGGCCAGUAUCCUCUAGGUCAGUGGUUCCCAACUAAGUACUGCAGACCACCCAUUUUUCAAAAGCCAAGCCAUGGGGCCCCUACUUUGGAAAAUGUUGAUAUCUAUGGUAGAGGACCCCCUGGGUGGGUUAUGUCCACCAAUUGGGACCACUGCUCUAGAUGUUGUCGACUAGCUCCCAUCACCCCCGGCCACUGGUCACGCUGCCUGAGGCUGACGGAAAUUAUAGUUCAUUAGCAUCUUGGAGGGAGGGUGCCAUUUUUGUUACUCCUGGCAUAGGUUGCAUUGGGUUGGAAUGAUGGGACAAUGGCUUGGCUUGUCAGCUUCCUGUGGUCCUAAGGCAUUUUGGUGUUACCUAAACAGCCUCUAAAGGAGCGUCUCCAACCCCAUUGUUCAGCCCAGACACCGAGGUCCUCCUCUGAGCGCCUUCUGGCGGUUUCCUCACUGCAAGAAGUGAAGUUACAGGGAACCAGGGGAGGGCCUUCUCGGUAGUGGCACCCGCCCUGUGGAAUACCCCCCCCCAUCAGAUUUCAAGGAAAUGAAUAACUAUCUGACUUUUAGAGGACAACUGCAGGCAGCCCUGUAUAGAGAAGGUUUUAAUGUUUGAUGUUUUAUUAUGUUUUUGUAUAUGCUGGAAGCUGCCCAGAGUGGCUGGGGCAACCCAGUCAGAUGGACAAAGUAUUAUUAUUAUUAUUAUUAUUAUUAUUAUUAUUAUUAUUAUUAUUAUUAAUUUUGCCCCCCCCAGUUUUGUAGAAGAGUUGUGGUUGGGCUCUGCUUAAGUUUCCCCCAGGCUGGCCCGUGCAGAGCUUGUCUGAGGCCAGAGAUGGGAGUGUUGUUGCAAUAAAAUUGUAAACUCAAACAGAAAAGCAGCCGUUCGGGUUACAUAAGAGGGCAAGGGAGCUCGGUUAAACCAGUUUAUUUUGCAACAUCUCCACUGCAAUAUCCUUUACAUAGCUGUUUAUACACGAGAAGCUCAAAAGUUAGCAAUCAACCGUACCUGGUGACCUGCUCCGACAGACUCACAGUCCUUGAGACAUGCCACAUCAGCAGCAGCCCCUAAUCUGGAUUAAUUUCAUUUAUUAUCUAUCAUCAUCAUCUUUUAUUAUUAUUAAUUAGCUUUUCGUUCACACAAAUCGCAGAGCAGCUCACAAACUACAAUCACAUAAUAGAGCAUCACAAAUGCAACAUAAAUCACGUGGAAUAAUAAACAAGCCAUCAGUAGCUCAGUUGGUUAGAGCGUGGGGCUGAUAAUGCCAAGGUUGCAGGUUCAAUUCCUGUAUGGGGCAGUCGCAUAUUCCUGCAUUGCAGAUUUUCAGGGUUCCUUCCAACUCUACAAUUCUGAUUCAGAAAACAAAACCACUAUUUACAAAACUACUAUAAUCACAAGCUGAAGAGCACAGUUGCAGCGGAAGCUCAUAUUGCUAGAUUCACAAAGUACUGCAUCAUUCAUAAUAUGCAAAGCAAUAUUAGCAAUGUUAGGAAGCCAGCAACCAAAAAUAAACCAAGCAUUGCCGAAAUCGUACACUCAGUCUUCCCACUCCCAUGACUCAUAAUCUUACACCAGUUCAUUAAAAGACACAUGCGUCUAAACGCUCGUGGCAGCAGCUCCAUUCUGAAGGUUUCUCAGGCUGGAGGGCGGGUGGGAAAAGCCAUUGCCUGGUCUGACACUACACACUAAUAUGCAGUAACAUGGCUGCAGAUUUUUUACCAUCAAAGCCUUGUAGUGCAUACAGACACUUAGACAGGCAGGGCGUUCUGCCCAUCAGGUGGGAGGCAGGGGGCAAUCUUGGCACAACAUCAUAAGUCUAGCAGGCCCCUGGCGGGGACCCCCAGCCAACUUAGCUCUCCAAAGUCUGGGGCAAGUGUACCUGAAGGAGCGUCUCCACCUCCAUCAUUCUGCCCGGACACUGAGGUCCAGUGCCAAGGGCCUUCUGGCGGUUCCCUCGUUGCGAGAAGCCAAGUUACAGGGAACCAGGCAGAGGGCCUUCUCGGUAGUGGCACCCACCCUGUGGAAUGCCCUCCCAUCAGAUGUCAAAGAGAAAAACAGCUACCAGACUUUUAGGAGAUAUCUUAAGUGAGCCCUGUUUAGGGAAGCUUUUAAUGUUUAAUAGAUUAUUGUAUUUUAAUGUUUCUGUUGUAAGCCGCCCAGAGUGGCUGGGGAAGCCCAGCCAGAUGGGUGGGGUAUAAAUAAUAAAUUAUUAUUAUUAUUAUUAUUAUUACUGCCCCCACAGGCAUCUGUUUGGUCACCGUAAGAGCAGGAUGCUGGACUUGAAGCUGCAGACGUUAUUUCUCCCAUAAAAAUGACAAAACGAGAACAGCAAGGAUUGGGUGGCAAACCCAGUCCUCGCUUAUCCAUUUGCUACCUACCCUGGGCAGGUUACGGAGAUGAGGAGUAAGCAAUUGCCAAUAUUUUCAUUGCUUGCAAGCGACCUUUGUUCGGAUGGUGGUAUUUGUUUUAUUUAUAAGUGAUUGUUCCGGUUUGCAAACGUUCUUUUGGAACCCGAACGUCCAACGAGGCUUUCGUGGCUUCUGAUUCCUGCAGCCAAUCAGAAGCCGCAAUUUGGUUUUCGAACGUUUUGGAAGUCAAACGGACUUCCGGAACAGAUUCCGUUCGACUUCCACGGUACAACUGUACUGCAGUUUCAUUUUAAAAAAUCAAAUCAUUUUACAACAGCUAUAAUUGCACAAAUGCACACACACACACACCAAUUUAAUAUUGCAGAUCACCAGCUAACUGAAAUUUUUAUUGAUUGCAUAAGCCUAAAAGGUUUUCAGAAAAUGUGCACAGGUUAAUAAUAGAAUGUCCUGCUGUAUAUUAUGCCCCUAAAUCCCAGUUUCUGGAAACUGCAGGAGGGGAGAGUGCUGGUUGGCCACUGCAGGAUGUUGGAGCAGGUGGACCGCUUGCCUGAUCCAGCAAGUCUCUCUUCCUAUAUUUUAGAGGGCGCUUUGCUGAAAUCUCUGUUGGGGGAUCAUUGCACUGGGCAAGAGUGCUUCAUGUCACUGUCAAAUGAGCCUCACCAGCUUGGGGAGCACAGACAACCAGCGGCGAUCCUACAGGAGGUCUUGGGGAUUAAGCUAGGAUAGAAAAAGUAAAGGUAAAGGACCCCUGGCAGUUAAGUCCAGUCCAAGACGACUCGGGGGUUGUGGCGCUCAUCCUCUUUACAGGCCAAGGGAGCCGGCGUUUGUCCGCACAGGCAGUUUUUCCAGGUCAUGUGGCCACCAUGACUAAGCCGCUUCUGGUGCAACAGAACACCGAAACCAGUGAACGGAAAUGCCGUUUAGCUUCCCGCUGGAGCGGUAACUAUUUAUCUACUUGCACUUUUGGCUGUGCUUUUGAACUGCUAGGUUGGCAGAAGCUGGGACAGAGAGAUGGGAGCUCACCCCGUCGUGGGGAUUCAAACCGCCGACCUUCUGAUCGGCAAGCCCAAGAGACUCAGUGGUUUAGACCACAGCGCCACCCGCAUCCCUAUAGAAAGGUUAGGUGGUCCCUAAGGCAGCUGGACCUAAGGGCCUCGAGCCUGGCUCUGUACCCAACUUGGUAUAUAUUUCCUGAUUGAUCAGAGGCUGAUGGAAGACACACUGAAUCCUGUGUCUGUUUAGACAGCGAUGACCCUGGUUUGAAGCAGAUGUGCUUGUCAGUCAACAGCCCCUUCUUGCUCCGUCAGGGCUCUUGCACUCUGUAUUAAUUUCCAGCCUCGUUGCAGCUGCCCGUCCUUUUGCGGCCAGUGGGAUUCGGGGUUAGUGGCGCUCUCGUUCUUUCGACGCUUCUGUUGUUUUGCGCUUUGUCUUUGAGCCGUCGUUCUGUUUUUAUUUAUUUUAUUUUCGAAACGCUGUCUCAAUGUCCUCCUCCAUUAAGAUGUCCAGCUUGCUACCAUCCAUGAGCUCAGAUUUCCAGCAUUACAGUUUCAGGAUGCCAAACAUUGGAUUUCAGAACCUGCCUCUCAACAUAUACAUUGUGGUCUUCGGCACGGCCAUCUUUGUCUUCAUCCUGAGCUUACUCUUCUGCUGCUAUUUGAUCAGGCUUCGACACCAAGCCCACAAAGAGCUUUAUGCCUACAAACAGGUUAUUCUAAAGGAAAAAGUCAAAGAACUCAACCUACAUGAGAUCUGUGCUGUUUGUUUGGAGGAGUUCAAGCCCAAAGAUGAGCUGGGAAUCUGUCCAUGCAAACACGCCUUCCACAGAAAGUGCCUCAUCAAAUGGUUGGAGGUGCGCAAAGUCUGCCCGCUCUGCAACAUGGCCGUCCUGCAGCUGGCGCAACUCCACAGCAAGCCGGAUGCCCACGGACUCCCCCAGGAGCCCCUCCCCGGGGCGGCCAACAUCGUAUAGCUCCCCGCGAGCCUCUCUCGGGCGCAGCCUGCUGCCCAGAGAUGUCCCGCUCUCUGAACCUGCUGCUUACGGCCUCGGGGCCUCCGCCGGGGCGUCUUCCAUCUCGCGAGGAACUCCCAGGACACACUUGAAGGAGGGGGAAGGCGCGGGUGCUUGGACCGCAGAAACAUCCUCAGCACCGAGACCACCGCCGGUGCAACAAGAAGAGGCCUUUCCGGGCUCGGCCUUUUCCUUUCUUCCUUUCGACCCCCUUUUUCUUUCCGUAAGAGCACUUUACGAAGGACACAUGCAGGUCCGACGCUUCCAUUUGGACUGAGCUGCACACAUGCCGGAGCGAGGGAUGUGAGAUCGGACAAGCGCACUCUUUGCGCCUCGGGAUCGAAGAGACCCUGCGUGGUCCUUUUUUGCGGGUGGAUUGGGAACAGUGUCCCGAGAUUCUGCCGCUCAGCGGUUACCUCAUACCGAAUUGCCUGUGGCUUCCAGAACAGAACAGAACAAGGCAAGGGCCCGGCAUGGUUGCAGAACGAUCCACAGCAGCAGUCCGUGUGACUCUCUCGUACGCUGUGGGACGGAGAGCAAGAGCAGAGCCCAGCUCUGCAAAGGAAGAGUGGGUGCCUAGAGGCCUAGCGGCAACGCACAGAAUAUUAUUUGGUUACCAGUCAGGCCGACGUCCACCACUGCCCUGCUAGGCACUUGAGAUCCACACUGGCUUGAUUCCUGCCUCAGAAAAUGAUUCCUUAAGUGCCCCGGGAGGGAGGCGGGGGGAAGCAAACCGCGCAGAUUCCUGCCACGUUAAUGGACAACUCAGAAGCCAAGGAAAAGGCUAGGCCCUGCCAGCAUCCCACAGAAGAGGCAGCUUUGGGAUUCUGCAACAGGGGAGCGUCCCUUUUUAAAAUCCCACAAUGUAGCAAAUCCCUUUUUUUAACCAGGUUUGAGUGCAGAAGGGCAUUUGCAUGCGUAGAAGCUAGACCCGAUUGGAAUUUAAAAUAAAAAUGACAACUAUUAGGAACCCUGGGAUCCGCAAGCUUCUUAGCAGCUUUGCGUAGAGUUGAGCGCAGACUUUUGGCGGGGGGAUUCAUCUGAAAAAGAAGCCUGCUGGAUCAGACCAAAGACCCUUCUAGUUCAGCUUCGAGUGUCCCACAGCAGCCAGCCAGACGCCUCUGGGGAGCCGUAAGGGUGAUAAGCCUCUCUCCCAUUGCAGUUCACGAGCAACUGGGGAAUCUCUGUAGGCCUCCUGCCUCUCAACC